CACGUGGUAUUUAAUCUUUUUAUCUCUCAAAUUCAACCAUACGAAAAUGUUGUGAAUUUGAUGUCUAUAGCAAAAGUCACCAGGUUCGUUGUCAACACAAAUGAAGUUAACUGUUUCAAAGAAACUUGCCUCCGGGUUCUUUCAGCAUGCAACUCACAGUCCCUGCCAGAGGGCAUCUGUGUGCACAGCCCAAUUACCAAACUGGGUCUUGACGAUGACCUUUACUUAACCAACAACCUGCUGUCUCUCUAUGCAAAAUGCUCUGGAGUUGAGGCUGCACGCCACUUGUUCGAUGAAAUGCCUCGCAGAGAUGUUGUAUCAUGGACCGGGAUGCUGUCCGCGUAUGUCAGGAACGGACACUAUCAUGACUCGCUUGAAUUCUUUGAUUCGAUGAUUGUUUCCGGUCAGUGCCCCAAUGAGUUUACACUCUCAAGUGUGUUAAAAUCGUGCUCGUUGUUGGGAGAGUUGGAUUAUGGGACUCGAAUCCAUACGUUUGUGAUCAAGCUUGGAUUCGAGCCAAAUCAAUUUCUUGGUAGUAGUAUGAUUGAUCUGUAUGCCAAGUGUGGUUUAACCGAAGAGGCUUGUAAGAUAUUUAGGGAUAUGGAGAGUGGUGAUACUGUUUCUUGGACUGCAAUCAUCUCUUCAUUGGUCCAAGCUCAGAAAUGGAGACAGGCUCUAGGCUACUACAUGGAUAUGAUAUAUGCUGCUAGGGUUCAUCCAAAUGAGUUCACUUUCGUAAAACUUUUCGCUGCAUCCUGCUCUCUUGGUUUGAACUAUGGGAAAUUACUACAUACCCAUUUGAUAAGAUUCGGAAUGAGGCUGAAUCUGGUCUUGAAGACAGCCAUGGUCAAUAUGUACUCGAAAUGCCAGAAGAUGGAAGAUGCUAUCAAGGUGUUGAAUCAAACAUCUGAAUAUGAUGUGUUGUUGUGGACCUCUGUUAUUUCUGGCUUCGCUCAAAGUUUGAGAGUUGCGGACGCUGUUGCUGCAUUGCACGAGAUGGAGCUCUCUGGAAUUGUACCGAAUAAUUUUACAUACUCUAGUAUGCUGAAAGCUUGCUCAGCGGUUUUGUUACUGGAAUUAGGAAAGCAGAUCCAUUCACGGGUGCUCAAGGCUGGAUUGGAGGAUGAUACUUGUGCCGGCGGUGCAGUAGUUGAUAUGUACUUGAAAUGUUCUGACCUCAUAGAAGAUGGUUUGAGAGCGUUUAGGGAGAUAACAUUGCCGAGUGUCAUCACUUGGACUUCAUUGAUUGCCGGUUUUGCUGAACACGGUUUUGAACAAGAUUCUUUUCAGUAUUUUCUGGAGAUGCGAACAGUAGGAGUCGAGCCAAAUUCCUUUACUUUCUCUAGCAUUCUUCGUGCCUGCAGUACCGUUAAAUCUCUUAGUCAGACACGAAAGAUCCAUGGACGUAUAGUUAAAACCAAAGCUGGCAGUGAUAUAGCUGUUGGGAAUGCACUUGUGGAUGCUUAUGCUGCGCUGGGGAUGGUGGAUGAUGCGUGGCAUGUGAUUAACUCCAUGAUCCAUCGAGAUGCUAUCACAUAUACAGGUUUAGCCACACGAAUGAAUCAGCUAGGUAAUUAUGAAAUUGCACUGGAUGUCAUCGCCCGUAUGCAGACUGAUGACGUUAUGAUGGAUGGGUUUAGCCUUGCAAGCUUCUUAUCUGCAUCAGCUGGCUUGGCAUCAAUGGAAACUGGGAAGCAACUUCAUUGCUAUUCUAUCAAAGCUGGUUUAGGCAGUGGGAUAUCAGUUUUGAAUGCCUUAGUGGACUUAUAUGGGAAAUGUGGGUGCAGAGAUGAUGCACACAAAGCUUUCAGUGAGAUUUCUGAGCCAGAUAUAGUGUCAUGGAACUGCUUGAUUUCUGGAUUGGCAUCGAGUGGAUAUAUUUCAUCCGCUCUCUCCUCCUUUGACAACAUGAGGUUGGCAGGAUUUAAACCUGAUUCCAUUACAUUCCUGUUGGUGCUUUUCACUUGCAGCCAUGGCGGUUUGGUUGAACUAGGUCUUGAGCAUUUUCAGUCAAUGAGAGAAAAGUAUGAUAUAGUUCCACAACUGGAUCACUAUUCCUGUUUAGUUGAUCUCCUUGGCAGAGCAGGGCGACUAGAGGAUGCCAUGGAAGCGAUCAUGACCAUGCCCUUUAAGCCGGAUGCCUUAAUUUACAAGACACUAUUGGCUGCCUGCAAGUUACAUAAAAACAUUUCCCUCGGGGAAUAUACAGCGAGGCGAGGGAUGGAACUUGACCCGUCUGAUCCAGCUUUUUACGUGCUGCUUGCAAGUAUGUAUGAUGAUUCUGGUCAGCCGGAUUUAGCCAAAAGUACAAGACAAGCAAUGAGGGAGAGGGGAUUGAAGAAGAAUGUCGGGCAGUGCUGGAUGGAAAUAAGGAACAGGGUUCAUCUCUUCGAUGCAGGAGAUCGAUCACAUCCACAGAUAAAUGAAAUCCAAGAGAAGGUAGAAUCUCUUAUUACAGAGUUGAAGAAGAGAGGAUACUCGUAUCAAGAUUACGAAGAUUCAUCAUAUCACAUUGAGAAGUUAGCCGUUGCAUUCGGUCUUCUCAAAACACCACGUAACGCCUCCAUACGCGUGUCUAAGAAUGUGCGCAUAUGCGUCGAAUGCCACAGCUUUAUAACGCUUGUAACUCAAGUUGUUGGUCGGGAGAUCAUUGUGAGGGACGGGAACCGGUUGCAUAUCUUCAACAAGGGUGAGUGCUCGUGUAGGGGUACAGGUAAUUUGCGGCAGAAGGAUUCCAUGGACGAAAAUGUUAGCCUGUUGACGAUGUAGCCUUCUGGUUGCUUUUCCGUGUAAAACGAUAAGAACUCAGAAAGCCACAACAAAGAGUUUACAUUAGUUCAUAAC